ACGACGAAGAAGCGUGUCCUCCAUAUUGUAAAGUAAUAAAAACACACGAGGGUCUCCUAAGCCUACAAUUCAAAACGACGGUUCACUCCUUAAUUGACAAUUUCUUCAUUCCGGACGCUGUCUACCUAUUUAAUCCAUCGGGGGAAAACGGUAAACUCAAAAUGAGUGACUUUGCGUCGCUCGGACUGUCAGACUGGCUUAUUAAACAGUGUAAACAGUUGGGAAUCAACAAACCCACUGCUGUCCAGGAAAACUGCAUGCCAGCCAUUCUAGAAGGUCGAGAUUGUAUGGGCUGUGCCAAAACCGGAAGUGGGAAGACCGCAGCGUUUGUGCUUCCUGUGCUGCAGAAACUGUCAGAGGACCCUUAUGGCAUAUUUUGUCUGGUUCUCACACCCACCAGGGAGCUGGCCUACCAGAUCGCUGAGCAGUUUCGAGUCCUGGGGAAGCCGCUGGGUCUGCGAGACUGCAUCGUCGUAGGCGGAAUGGACAUGGUGAGUCAGGCCCUGGAGCUUUCCAACCAGCCUCACGUGGUCGUAGCUACACCGGGCCGACUCGCUGAUCACAUCCGGAGCUCCAACACCUUCAGCAUGAAGAAGAUCCAGUUCCUGAUCUUGGAUGAGGCAGACCGGCUUUUGGAGCAGGGCUGCACUGACUUCACCAAAGACCUGGAAGUCAUCCUCGGGGUGUUACCAGCCAAACGACAGACUCUGCUGUUCAGCGCCACGCUCACAGACACGCUACAGGAGCUGAAAAACAUCGCCAUGAACAGACCUUUCUUCUGGGAGAGCACAUCCGAGACGCGUACGGUGGAGGAGUUGGACCAGAGGUACAUUCUGACCCCAGAGAAGGUUAAAGAUGCUUACCUGGUCCACCUGAUCCAGACCUUCACAGACGAGCACGAUGACUGGUCCAUCAUCAUCUUCACCAACACAUGCAAGAGUUGCCAAAUCCUCACCAUGAUGCUUCGGGAAUUUAACUUUCCCACGAUCUCCCUUCACUCCAUGAUGAAACAGAAAAAACGAUUUGCAAACCUGUCCAAGUUCAAGGCCAGCAUCUAUAAAAUCCUGAUUGCCACAGACGUAGCUGCUAGGGGCUUGGAUAUUCCUACUGUUCAGGUCGUCAUCAAUCACAACACUCCCGGCCUGCCCAAAAUUUACAUCCACAGAGUGGGACGAACGGCGAGAGCAGGCAGGAAUGGGGUGUCCAUCACACUGGUGACACAGUACGACAUCCACCUGGUCCACGCCAUCGAAGAGCAGAUUCAAACCAAGUUGAAGGAGUUCCCUGUGGAGGAGAAAGAAGUCCUGAAGAUUCUCACGCAGGUCAACGUGACCAAACGGGAGUGUGAAAUUAGACUGGAGUCGACAGACUUUGAUGAGAAAAAGGAGAUCAAUAAGAGGAAAGAGCUGAUCUUGGCAGGAAAGGAUCCAGACAUGGAAGCAAAGAGGAAAGCGGAACUGGAGAAGAUCAAGAGCCAGAAGAAGAAGUUCAAAGAGCGGAUACAGGAGAACAUUGACAGACAGAAACAAGGACAGCUCAAAAGGAAACUAAAAAGUAAACACAUGAAGAGGAAAAAAGGCAAAGGAGGCAACAAUGUGACGCCGUAAGGUGGUUUGACAUUUUAUUAGUCUGCAAUAUCUAAUAUGCAUUGCAUUUUUGUGACCAUCUGCAAAUCAACAUUGAUUUUAUACCAUAAUAAAUGAAAUAUUCAGUUGGCAGCGUUUGCUUCGUAUCACUUCAUAUGAAAUUAGACUCAUUGUUUCUACUCCAUAUUUACAUCCCACUGAAAUAUUCCAAUUACUAACUUAAGCGCUGCCUUUUACAUGUUAGCAACUCAAGGAAAUGGUAGCAAAAAGUUCACUGCACGGAACGCAAACAUGUUGGCUCUGAUUGGGGGGUGGGGGACUCCAGGGUUUUAAAGCUAGUACUUCUUAGAGGAACAUAUUUAAAAGGUGAUGUGUACUUCACAAUUCGUGUCACAUCUGACUAUCACAAAACUAGAAUCACGAGAAGAGUGAGAAUCUAAUAAAGCAAGCAUUCCCGCUGCCAACAUGUUGCUACAGAUACAAAAAAAAAAAAAAGCAUGUGACAGAAGCCAACUGAAAUAAAGGUUCAGCUUUAAGUUGCCUCCUCCGAUUUACGACCCAAAUAAACUCAGAGGAAGUCUACAAGAAAUGCACAACACAGGCAAAACACAUUUUGCACUAAUACAAAGAAAGUCCGUUCAAUUCACUCCGCAGAGAAGGAAGGUGGCUUCCGACCCAGCAUCUCAACUCAUUUGGCCUCAUUGGUAGUAGAAAAAUAAAAAGCGGAGCCCCGUGUUGUGAAAGGGCUUAAAUGCUGGUUGUUUUUCAGAACUACAUUCAUGCUUGUGCUGCAGCCACUUUUCUAAAUGUAUAGGCACUGAUUUAGGCUCAUUUCUCACCUUUCAUGGAAACAACCAUGUCCACUGUAAAUGCAUUUUAAAUGCACUCAAAAAGGUCCCUACCCAUUAGGAUGAUUGAGAAUGGCUUUGUUUUUAGUUUUUAAACCCUGAAAAUGCUGCCAUUUUGGAGAUUUGGUCUAAGUUUGUUGUGCGCUAAUGGCUGACAGCCAUCUGACUGGAGGCAUUUGCUGUCACCUCUUGAUCUGAAGGUCUCAAAGUGACAUGAUCCAGUAACCCAUUUCUUUCUGAGCCACCUUCCUUUUCUCUCCCUCGUGUGUGUGUGUGUGUGUGUGUGUGUGUGUGGUUGAUUACCACAAGCUCCAUGCUGGCCUAGGCUUCCUUCACCUCAAGCUGGGGUUUGUGGACUCUUCCAACUUCCACCCCAGGAAUCGCCAAACAAGGCAUUUUCCGACAAUCUUAUUAACGUGUGGUCUCAAAUCAAUACUCGGUCAGACAAUCUGUUUUCAAAAGAUCAACGAGUUGAUAUUCAAUGCUGGUCAUGUGUAAUUAAUCACUUUUUUUUGUUGUUGCAAUUUUGUGCUCCGUGAUUAAAAAGCUACUUCAGAGAAGAAAAAAGGUCUUGACAUGGGUGGGAUUUGCAUGUCAUGCCUUGAAAAGUCUGAAAACCCCACGCCACUCGCACCACUAAUGCGUGGUUUGAAACCAAUCCAUUAGAAGACCUUGUAAAAAGAGCCAGAGGUUCCCAAGGCAAAUGGAAGGUUUUUCAAUUCAAGGCUCCAGAGCGUCAGUCUCAAGCACAGAAACAGUGUUUCGUUUCCUCUCCCAGAGAGCGAGAGAGAGACAGUGUGUGUCGACUGCCACUUCCUUCCGAGGCCAAGGGGGUUUUAGCGCCCAGUUUGGCGGGUAAGCGUUGUCCUCCCACAAUCCAUCAAAUU